GGGAUGAUAUCACAGCCACGGAGAUACUGGACAUAGGCGGGUCGCCCGGUUACUUAACCUCAGCCCAUUUGCUUCACCGGAAUCAGCUUCCACUACAGCUCUAUCCAAAUGGCCAACUCCCAAGUCACCUUCAUCCAAUCUAUCUAUGACGAGCGCAGCGAAAACUAUGACAACUCUCACCAUGGCGCCCUGGCCGACGCAUACAUCCGCACCGCGGAACCACUGCCCGGUGAAAGCGUGUUGGAUCUCGCCUGCGGCACCGGGCUAGUCUCCCUCCUCGCAGAGGAGAAAGUCGGCAGAUCUGGUUACGUCGUCGGAAUUGAUAUCAGCCCAGAUAUCCUCCCAUCGGGUUCCGAGGGGUUCGAUCUGAUUACGUGUGCUGCUGCGCUGGUUUUGCUGCCGGAUCCCGACCAGGCGAUCAGGCACUGGACGACGUGGCUGAAACCCGGUGGCAGACUCGUCACGGAUGUCGCUGCUAAAGAUGUGCAUGUCCCUAGUCGGAUUCUGCGUCGCAUUAGUGACAAGCUUGGCGUGUCGCUGCAGUGGGACGAGAGCUGGGUACAGGAUGAACAGUCUCUGGGGAAUCUGCUGGGCAGUGCGGGAUUGGAUGUGAAGACAGUCUUUCUUACCGAGUCUUUCCAGGAGCGCGUAUACAAGCUCGCUGAUGCGGAAGAGGCCUUUGAAAAGGCUGUCUCGAGCCCGAUGUUCGGGAAUUUUGGGAAUCCAGCCAUCCGCGACGAAGCGAAGCGGCUGUUUGUGGAGAAGUUUGCUGAGGAAGCGGGUCCUUCGGGGGUGCUGAUCGAUGAGGCGAAGAUGUACAUGGCUGUUGCCAGAAGGCCCCCCUGCAAGUAGGAUGUACGGAGUUCGUUUGAUGAAGUCAACGAAGAUGCCAAAGCAG